UACACGGUGGGGAGGGGUUUAGUCGUGAUGUGGAGACUAACCUACCCCAAUCGCAAAUCUAACCCUAGCCCUGAACAAUGAUCCCAACUCUAACCCUGACUCUAACUCCAAUAUCAACCCUAAUCCUAGCCCUAGCCCUAAACACCUGACCUCUCAUGUAUGUGGCAGCUCAAGGAUUUGGCUCAACACCGGGUCUGCCUGCAUACACCCAGGAUUUCUAGCCCUGAUACUCAGUGAUAGGCCACGCCCUGCCUGCUUGUUUGGCUGGUUUAUUUGACAGCACAACUGGUCUGUGGGAUCCAGGCAGCUGGGUAGGGGAACAUCUGACUCAAGAGUCCAGCAGAGUGUCCAAAUGUUCGCCAGCCGGGGACAGUUUUCUCCGUACUACUUCUGCAGGAAAACAUUCUCAGACUUCGACUCCAUCAGUGUCAUCGUGGCCAAAUGCACGCUUCCACCAGUCUGGUCUGAUCAGGUUGAGCCUGACGGUUCUCUGUUUUACCUGGAGCCGGCCUACUGCGACCUGCACACCGGCACAACAACACAGGCCACGGCCGAACCGCAGGGGGACCAGGGCCCUGGAACCACGACUAAACUACCUGAUGAACAGACACAAGACCCAGAAACCAAGGCAAAACUGCUUGAUGAAAGUCAAGGGAAGAUCAGCCGCAUAGGUCGAAUAAAGGCACUGAUCCAGAGGGCUUCAAAAAGGAAACAAAAACAGAAAAUUGUUGUCUCUGCAAGACGCGAUGACAAGACGAAGAAACAAAGUGACGACUACUCGCAUGGCACAUGGGGGCCCAAAAUGUAAUCAUUCUGAGGCCAUAUCAAGACCUAUCUAAGCCUUCUCGAGUUAUGGUCACACGCACAC